GUUUUCGCUUUUAGAACUAUUCGCGGAGUGUUAAAGAAAAGCGACUACUUUUCCCAGCAAGCUCUGCGGAAGAAAGUCCCGGCCAGGGCUGCUAACCGAGGCUAUAUAAGCCCUUCGGGCGGCGCGGGUUUCGGACAUUUGCCGGUGGCUGUCGUGCUUGCGAAGCCGGUGGCGGCUCUUUUCCUUCUGACGCUGCAGCGCGCCGUUGUUGUUCCCGUUUAUUCUCCCUUAGAACGAGCUCCUUUCCGAUGAGGCCGAACGAGGCGUCCGAGGCGCCCGCUUUGGCGGCGCGCCUGGAGGAGCUGAAGCGCCGGGCGGCCGAGUGCAUCGAGGCGUCGUCGGAGCGGCUGGCCGAGCUGAGCCGCGAGAUCUGGAGCCGGCCGGAGCUGGCUUACGAGGAGCGCCAGGCGCACGACGCCCUCGCCCGCUUCUUCGCCGGCCUGGCCCCGGGGUCCUCGCCGGCCGGCGCUUGGCUGGUGCAGCGCAGCUACAAGCUGGAGACGGCCUUGCGGGCGGACUGGCAGUGGGGCGGCGAGGGAGACGCCGCGGGGGCUGCUCCUACCGCCGCCGCCGCCGAGGACGGGCAGAAGGCGCCCCUCCGGCUGGGCUUCUUGUGCGAGUAUGACGCCCUGCCGGGCAUCGGCCACGCCUGCGGCCACAACCUCAUCGCCGAAGUGGGUGCCGCCGCCGCGCUGGGCCUGAAGGGCGCCCUGGAGAGCCUCCUCCCGAGCGGAGCCGCCGACGGACUGUCCCGCCACGUCCCCGCCGUCAAGAUCACUGUGUUGGGCACCCCUGCCGAAGAAGACGGAGGAGGCAAAAUCGACUUGAUCAAAGCCGGGGCUUUCGAUGGUCUGGACGUUGUUUUCAUGGCCCAUCCAUCCCAAGAAGAUGCAGCAUAUUUGCCCGACGUAGCAGAACAUGAUGUGACUGUGAAAUACUAUGGAAAAGCUUCUCAUGCUGCUGCUUACCCUUGGGAAGGAGUAAAUGCAUUAGAUGCUGCUGUUCUUGCAUACAACAAUCUGUCAGUUUUAAGACAGCAAAUGAAACCAACAUGGAGAGUUCAUGGUAUAAUAAAGAAUGGAGGUGUGAAACCUAAUAUCAUCCCUUCGUAUGCUGAAUUAGAAUUUUACUUGCGUGCUCCUUCAUUAAAAGAACUCUCCAUCCUGACAGAAAAAGCAGAGAACUGCUUUAAAUCUGCAGCCCUGGCCACAGGGUGUGAAAUGGAAUUAAAAGGUGGUGCAAAUGAUUACUACAACGUGCUUCCUAACAAGAGCCUGGAAAAAGCUUACAUUGAGAAUGGGAAGAAACUUGGCAUGGAGUUCAUCCCAGAAGAUAACUUGACUGGGUUGUCAGGUUCUACUGAUUUUGGGAAUGUUACCUUUGUGGUUCCUGGGAUUCAUCCUUAUUUUUAUAUUGGGUCUGAUGCACUAAACCAUACUGAGCAAUACACAACAGCUGCAGGGUCGGAAGAAGCUCAGUUCUAUGCCUUGCGAACAGCGAAAGCUUUGGCAAUGACUGCUUUGGAUGUUGUUUUCAAGCCAGAUCUGCUGGAAAAAGUCAGAGAAGACUUCAGACUGGUGAAACUCAAAGAGGAAGGUUACUUGAAUAUCCCUGAAAAUGGAAAGGUGUCUGGUCUUGGUAUCGGAGCAGCAUGUGCAUCACGUUGAAAUAGUACAGGAUAUUACAAAUCUAAACACGAAAGAACGUCAAAUUUUUUUCCUUGGAAUUCUAGGAAAUGUUUAAUAGCUGGAAAGAUGCUUGAUAUUUUAAGUGGUGCAACUAAGCGACCUCAGAGUACUUUUAAAAUAUUGCUAUUGUCUGAUAUCAUGUAGUGGUCUUAAUUUGGCAGACAAAAUGAGUGAUUUCUCUGCAGUGAUUGAAAAUGUGCUGAAUAUUGCAGCUUUGCAUACUUUGGGAAAAACUUUUUAAAUGCUAUUUACUCUGGUUGGAAAGUUGGGUUGUCUUCAUAGCAGCUGUUCUCUUGCCAAGGAAUAGUGAGAAGUGUUGCAUGUUUAGCUUAUUGUAUGCAGAACCAAAUGCAAUCCACCAGGACAGGCUUAAUAUGCUUCAUAAAUCUAUAUGUAUUUGAACUGAAGAUACCAAAGGUUAGGUGAUGGUUGUUCAAGAUGUGCCUAGACUUUCACAUUAGAAUGGUUUUUCACUCAGUAUCUCACGGUCUUUGGUAGCUCAACACUUGAACAUACCACACUUUCCUCUUUUGGCCAUCUAAAUUUUUCUAGAAGGACUAUCCUUGUAAUCACUUGAUGUUUAUAGGUGGGCUCCUGACCUCUUGUUCUGCACAAUUUCCAAACGCUGUGUAUCCUUUAGUAGUUUUGUGCAUAUUAUAGAAUUAUACAGCAUACAGAUACACCAGAAGAAAAUAACUUUAUAAAUGAGUGUCCAGGAAUAGCUUUUAAAAUGAAACCCCAAACUGAGUUUCUUGUGAAAAUUCUUCCUAUUUGACACAAAUUAAGCAAUCACAUUGAAGGAGAAGUUAAAGCAGUAGGUAGGGGGUUUGUUUGUUUUUAAGGGUACUGUACAGAAUCAAAGAAAUACUUGUGCAAACCUGGUACAUGAACCCAGCUUUACUGUCUUACUUAUGCAUAGCUGCAUUUUGAAAAUGAAUGGCUCCAGUCCAUUAAUGUAGCUGCUGUACAAAGUAGAUUGAUAGAACUUAUGUUUCAAAUUCAUUUUCCUUUCUGAAAUAGAAUUGUCUAUAAUUUUGUCAGUUUCGCCACCAGUUAAUCCCCAGGACCCAAGAUGUGUACAUUGAUGACAGAGAUGAGUAGAGGAAAGGGGUGAUGAAUCCUAUGGAUGCUCAAGUUGAUACCCAAGUAUUUUGGGUGAGCCUCAAAUGCAUUUGUAAAGGCUAAAUGUUGCCAUUGUGAGUUGGGUCAGCAAUAGUGGACUGUUUGGGGGCUCGUAUGUUGUCUUUCAAGGCAGAGAAAAUAGAUGUGCUUUUUUCUUCUGCGGAACAAGCAAAAGAUGGUGAGAAUGUGAAUUCUUGGGGCCUUUGGCAGGUAAAAGGUACUUCUCCUGUAGGGGAGGAAUGUGAUCCUGUAUGGGUUGUCUCUGCCCCUCUCUCCACUGGUAGGAAGGAAAACUUUUUUUAGAGAAUAUACCUGGGGCAGGGACAAUCUCCUAUCUCCAUUUCCUGCCAACUCCACUGCAGAUCAUCAGUCAGCUGCCCAAGGUAUAGCAAAAGAAGUGGCAGGAACUCUUGGAAGGGAUUUUCCUUUGUUCUUUGUUCUAUUCCUACUGGAGUAGCUGGACCUGACAUUUGGAGGCAUUUUAGACAACUCACAAGUACUAACUUGUGUGGUGUAGUGGUUAAGAGCGGUAUACUCGUAAUCUGGUGAACCAGGUUUGCUUCCCCGCUCUUCCACAUGCAGCUGCUGGGUGACCUUGGGCUAGUCACACUUCUUUGAAGUGUCUCAGCCUCACUCACCUCACAGAGUGUUUGUUUUGGGGGAGGAAGGGAAAGGAGAAUGUUAGCCGCUUUGAGACUCCUUCGGGUAGUGAUAAAGCGGGAUAUCAAAUCCAAACUCCUCCUCCUCUUCUAACUAGGCUGUCUAGAUUAUUCUUUGCCUAUGAUAAGAUCAGCUGUCUUCUAAUCAAGCUGGUCUUUGUAUUUGGCAUAUAUUAAUCUACACACCAAAAUUGACUUGAAGUACAAUCCUUUGCAUGUCUAUGCAGAAGUGACUCCCAUUCAGUUCAAUGGGGUUUACUCCCAGGAAAAUGCUGCAGGAUUGUAGCCAUAAUUAUGUGACACACCACUGCCUAAGCUGCAUUAGUGGUAUCAUAACGCACCACUGCCUGUUACUUAAACUAAUAGUAGAUAAACAUAUCUUAUGCUGAAAGAAAACACUAAUUUCCUGUCCUCUUAAGCAUAAUGUGAAAUUUCCUUUGUAAGUGUUGUAGGGAGCAAACUCUGCGCAGAAUUUUGUAUUCUAGAACAAUAUAAAUGCUGUCUUUAUGCCCGCUUGUUUGCCUAAACAAUAUUCUCUUUGAGGGUCAAAUACUUCCAUUAUUAUGUUAUUAUUUAUUUUUUUGUCUUGCCUUUCUUCUCAAUUUUUACCUGUAAGCUGGUCCAGUAAAAAAGGCUAUUCACAUUUUGCUGAGUCGGUUACAAAAGCUCUACUGGUUUAAAUGAAUAUAUUACAUUAUUUUUAUUCAUAAACAGAAAGAAUUGUAGCAAGUUUAGCAGAACUUAAGGUAUAUGCAUUUCUGACUGAAGCGCACACAUGCUCAAAUGCACAAAUCUAUCUAGGGAGAAACAGAGAUGUAUAUUUUGUACAUCACCUGUAGAAACUGUUCUGAAGACAACAUUUUGAGCUGCACAUUUGAAUGUUGGAAUGUUUUGCAGCAAAUUAACAUCCAUUAGCAAGCACUGGAUGACCGUGUUAGGAAAUUAACCACAGCACAUAUUUUUUCCCACCACCACCAGUGUUGUAAGAAGAGAAGCAGUUUUCUUUUUACCAAUGUACAGCUGUUUCCCCAAAUGUUGCACUGUCCUAACUUGCCAGGGAACAGAAAUCAUACACAGCUGAAUCAUGGGCUAGUUAGUAGGCAUAGCAAAUUUCAGUAUGCAUAACUGUAUCAAACUUAUGCUUCAAUACUUUGAUCCUGUUAACAGUUGGGUCAACUUCAAAAGAAAAUAUUAAUCUUACCAUGCUGUAUUUAGUAUUUCAACUUCUUUCAUCCAAUUAAACACAGUUUUUGCAAUAACUCUUCACCUUUUCAGAAGAGGGGGAAAGGCUCUGGAAGGUUGUUUUUCCCUCUAGUAAGCAAGGGCAAGUUGUCCUCAGUGGGAUUUGGAGCUGAUCAGUACUUGCACUGAAAGGACCAGUGUCUCUUAAGGGUCUUGUUAUGUCUCCUCAUUCAACUGUGUAAGCUUUGCUUCUGAAAACAUUAGUACCAAAGGUGAACUCGAUAUUUUAUUGAGCUCAGGGUUAUUUCUGCUCCAACCAUAUAGCUGUGCAAGUUGCUGCCUAAGCAGGAUGUGAGCAAGAUACAUUGACUGGCUUCUAUUUUCUUGGAGAAUGCUGCAUAUUUCUGAUAGUCUUUUAAAAACCUGGCAAAGACUCCUGUUAUAGCUUCAUAACUUGCUGAAAUUGCAAACUCAAAAGGGUUGGAUCCAGGCGUGCCACUUGACAUGAACAGACUGGAACUAACCCAAAGGUUGCAAGACAGCAUGGUUAAUGUUGUUAUGGACCCAUUGGUCUUGGAUUGUUGCUCUGAGUGUUCUGUAAUGAAAACUUGCUUAGGUGGCAACCGCUGAACAGUGUCAUGGGCAUUAUUUCAAUAUUUUGCUUACUAUUCCAAACUUGAUUCCUUAGCAGAGGCCUACUUUGCAAGGAGAUUUUGGCUGAGACUUUUAGUGGUAGAAGCCAUCCCAACCAUACUGUAUUCCUUAUCUGAACAUGAAAGAAAAGAGGGAAAUUGAUUUAUUGUGAACUCCUGUGUUUCUUGCAUGGUUUUUAAUAUCACAGUUUUAAUUUUGUUUUUUUAAAAUAUAUGCAUAAAUGUUAUUUGACAGAUCAAACAGCUGGAAUCUUGCUACUGUCCUGGGAGAGUACAAUUUACCUUUUUUCUGUUUACAAAGCACAAUCCAGUGAGAAAAAACAAUCAAGCUGUAAGCCACAUGGAUUGUGCAGCAGUUGCUUUAAAGCUCAAGUGUCAGGAAAAGAUCUAGUCUAAGCAUAAGGCUACCUGGGUUUCCGGCCAGGCCCAUGAUCAUUGACGGUUAUUCUUCAUAGGCCUCCGGGGGCUGCGAGGAAGUUCAGGCAGGGGAAGGAGAGGAUUUAUGCAAUUGUAUUAAAUUAUAGUAAUUUGGUUUGAUUUGUAAUAAUUUGGAAAAUAAUAAGAUAAACAUAAGGCUACCUGGAACCAUUUAUGCAGCCGCACUCUCAUAUUAAAAGGGUCUUCUUGAAUGUGAGGCUAUCCAUGUGCAGCAUUAGCAUGCCAUGCCAUGCCAGCAACCAAUGAUCAGAGAGGAAGUGCUUUGCAUAGGCCUCUUGCACGGAUCGUUGCUGCAUGGAGCACCUGUAGGGAUACACGAUUUCCAUGUGGCAUGUUGAAAUUGUGGGUUAGAGACUGUAUCUGAGGUGGUUGAACUUUGUCUUUUCUUUGUAAGAUCAGAUGGGUUGGUGUUUGAUUUGUGUGCGGGUGAGUUGCUAAGGCAGUAAGUCCCAUUGGUUUAUAAUUUCAGAACGUCUUGUCCAGUAACGUUAGUUUUGUUAGUACGCCAUUGCUUAUUUCUGUUAAUAAUGCUGAGGCUUUCUUUACAGUUCUGAUUCUUGUCUAGCAGUUAUGCAGUGAUUCUGUAUGCCAGGUUGGACAGACUUUUUGCCAAGUAAGCCAUAAGUAAAGUCUGAAGCGUGAGUGCCAUUUUUGUAUAUUCCACAGGACGUAUACGGCUCCCCCUUACUAGGAGGUGGCUUUUCGUCUAAUGUACCAAACUAGAUAGUGUGCGCUUCAUCACUAGUGCCAUUUGUGGCCUCUUACACAAUGCACUGCUAAAUCCUAGGGUUUUGCACUUUUGCUGUAACCUGAAUUAACAAG